AUGUCUCAAACCAAUUCAGAAAAGGCCGAAGCCAUUACGCCGGCGCCGGCUCGCACUAGUGGAAGCAUUGACGCGGGCAAGCUCGAAAACGCCGAGGAUGCAUUUGAGAUCUUCAAGCGUAGUGAAGGAGCAGUUGACUUCCGGACAGUUGGCUGGAUCCAAGCCUCGGUCAUCUUUCUCAAGGUCAUUUUUGCUACCGGCGUCCUUACGAUUCCCUCCGCCAUGUAUGUCCUCGGCGCACUCCCAGGUGCCAUCAAUGUCUUGGGGUGGCAAUUUCUGAACACAUACUGUGCCAUCAUCCAAGGAAACUUCCGCAACACUCAUGCCGGUUGCCAUUCCAUUGCCGAUAUGGCUCAAGUAGUUGGAGGUGUCUGGCUUAAAGAAAUUGUUGGAGUCUUAUUUCUUGUCACGUAUGCGAUUGUUGGCGCGUCCGGAAUCUUUGGUACAUCGGUUGCCUUCAACGCCCUUUCGAACCACGCUAUUUGCACCAACUAUUUCAUGUUGGUUGCAACAGCUGCAGUUUUUAUUCUUGCCAGCAUUCGCAAGUUUGAGAAAAUCGCGUGGUUGACGUGGGCUGGGUUCUUGUCUGUAUACAUUGCCGUCUUCAUUGUUGUAGUUGCCGUCACGCAGGUGGGCAGACCUGCCGCUGCUCCACAGACUGGUGACUUCGAUCUCGGAUACCACGCCAUUGGCAACCCUAACUUUGUCACCGGCAUCACGUCCGUCGCUACUAUCUUCUGUUCCGGCGCAGGCACUUCUGCGUUUCUUCCCGUUAUUUCGGAGAUGAAGAAGCCAAGAGACUACAACAAGGCUGUGUAUCUUUGCAUGGGAGUUGUCACAGCUUCUUACUUGACUUUCUCUCUCGUAGUAUACCGUUGGUGCGGCCAAUGGGUGGCGUCCCCUUCUCUAGGGAGCGCUGGUGACGUUGUCAAGAAAGUGUCUUAUGGCAUUGGCCUGACCGGUCUGAUGGUCAGCGCAUGUCUAUACAUUCACGUUGCCGCCAAGUAUCUCUUUGUUCGACUUCUGCGCAACUCAGUUCACCUGCAGAAGAACUCGGUUGUCCACUGGUCCGUGUGGAUUGGAUGCACUUUCGCCAUGUCAGCUGUAUCAUACCUCCUAGCAUCCGGCAUUCCCAUAUUCAACUACUUGCUUGCUCUGGCAGGAAGCUUGACGUUCGCACCUCUGGCCCUUGGUCUCCCAGGCUACCUCUGGGUUUUUGACCAUCAACACUACCGCCAGGGAACUUGGUGGGAGGUGGUGGUGUACUGGUUAAAUUGGCUUAUGAUCUUCUUGGCAGUCUUCUUGACAAUCGGAGGAACCUACGGUGUUGUCCAAAAUAUCAUUGACGCCUACGCCAACGGACUGAUUGGAGGCGCGUUUUCUUGCGCGGACAACAGCGGAUCCUCAUGA